AUGACGUCGAUCGGGAGCAAGUCAAGAAGCAACAAGGACAAGUCGGUGGAUUCCGAGAAGAGUGCAGUGAGGACGGCGACGAUGGAAAGCUGGACAGAAGCGAUGCAGAAUCAGGUAACACUGAGUGACUUGUCAAAGGUUACGCUGAUUUCAUCGGAACCAGUGAGACAGUCGUGGAGAGUGUGCGUGAGCAGUUGGGCGUGCACAGCAAAUGUUCAAGAGACAGAAAGAUGUGAUCGUGAAGCCAGUGAAAGAGUUUGUCAGCAAAUUGACAAAGCGCUACAACGAGCUGGGCAGUGGAAAGUGGGAGCGCGUUGUGAUGCGCAUAAUGCGAGAAAACGGGACGGCUGGCGAAAAGACAAGGAAGAGCUCGAGGAGGAACUGUCAAAAUCGAAGCGAGAGAACGAUGAGGUGGCCAAGAAGCUCGAGGAAGCGUGGAAAGCCACCGAAAAGGCAGAGGAAACGAUCGAGAAGCUGGAAAGGGCACUGCUGAAGGAAAGGAAGACGUCAGAGAAGUGGAAAAGCGCAGAAGGUAAGAAGAAAGAAAUACAGUCGAGAAAUAAAGAGAAAAUUCAGGUGCACUCAAGGAGAUCGUCGUCAAGGAGUUCGAAUGGUUCGUCGGUGGAUUGGCGCGAUAAGAGAAAGGAAAGAAAGACCGGUGAGUCUUUUUCUAAGAAGUGUGACCUGAAAAAUGAUGAAGUGAAGAAUUGGGAAGUGAGGAGCAGUGUGGGGGAUUUUCCGGAAGGAAGUGUGCGAGUCAGCGAAAGAAGAAAGUGUGAGCGCGACAGUGAGAGAUGUUCGCGAGUGUCACGGAACAGUUCGCGAAUAAUGGUGGAGUGUCUGGGCAGAAUGCUAAGGGCGUCAGCUCUGCCAGAGCCUGAGAAGUUCGACGGGAAAGGAGACGUCAAAGAAUUCAAGAGAUCGUUUCUGUGGAAGUACAAAGCGGUCACGGAGAAAGACGCAGAUAUGGUGGCGAUUUUAGAGGAUAAAUUUCUGAAAGAUGCUGCUAGAACGUUGUUCAAAACGCUGCCGAAUCGAUUCGAUCGAUCGAUCGAGUCGCUUUUCAAAGAGUUUGAAGAGAAGUUGAGAAGGAGGCAAGGAGAUCGGGAGGCGGAAGCUCUCAACGAGUUUGAGGAGCUGAAGCGAAAGCCGAAACAGCCGAUGUGGGAGUUUUUGAUGUCUGUGGAGAAAUGGUCGAAGAGAGCGUUUCCACAUCUGGAAGAAGAGACACUGUCACAGCUGAGAGUCACAAAGCUUAUGAGAGCGCUGCGGGAAGAUCCGACGAUGCAAAAACUGAUGACUAUGAAGCGAUACGAGGUGGCGAAAAAGGACCAGUACGAGUUCCUUAAGGAUAUCGUUCUUCAGCAAGAGAACGAAGACAGGAGAAGGCAAGGGCUCGGAAAAUCGGAUCGACACGAAAAGAAGGGGAAUAGCUGGAAAAAUGAAAAGAACAAGGAGGCGAAACAAGGAGACACGGAAACGGAAAAGAAUGGGUCGGAAGACAGUAGCCAUGGGAACAGAAGUGAGAGUGAGAGCCAGAGAAGGGCAGCGAUCAAAUGUUAUAAAUGUCAAGGAAUGGGGCAUAUAGCUAGAGAUUGCGAUGCAAAAGUGAUUCACCACGUGGAAACUGAUGAAACAGGAAGUGGUGUGGGCGCGAAAAUGAGGGAACAAGUAGAAUUGUUGGGUCAGAAGCGCAUAAUGGUUAUCGACAGUGGCGCAGAAGUAUCUGUCAUGUCGACAAAAGUGUGGGAUGCACUGAAGAAAGGUUGUGUGAACUGGAGGCAGAGAGUCGAAGUACUGACGAAGCCAGUGUUUGCCUUGAGGAAUGCCUCAGGGAAGAAGAUGCCAGUGAAAGAACAACUAAAGAUUCCAAUCAUGGUGAGAGGAAACAAGACUAAAGUGUGGUUCCAACUGGUGGGAGACAACGCUGAAAUCCUCUUGUUGGGAAUGAAUGCUUUCGAAAGCAUCGGGGUUGAGCUGGCAUGGAAGCCAAAGCAGGAAGAGCGCGUAAAGAAAGUGGGGAAAUGUCCAAAAGCGAAAUGGGAGAGAAAUGCUGAGCGUGGGAAGUGUGAGACAAGUAGCGCUACAGUUAAUCAUAUCAUGACUGAGGGAAAUGUUGUUGAAAACAAUCAUUUUUGCAGAAAGCUGAUGGAAGAAGGAUGCGGAUGUAAAAAAGGAAAGUGCACAGUCCAAGAAGGAGACAACUUUUGUUCAAGUGUGCAACAACUCGGAGUGGUGCUGUCAGCAAAAGGAAAAGGUGUGGAUUUGGAGAAAUGGAAUUUGUUAAAAUAUUCCAAAGAAUUCCAGGCACAAGUGACAACGGUUGAGAAGGAGGAAGCGUUGCAGAAGUUUGCAAAGAAGUGUCCUCAAGUGGCAGAGGCAAUUAGGAAGGAAGGAACAAACGGCGAAUGGGAAGAAGCGGCGAUGAAGAUCAGAGUGGCGCUGAAGAGUGAGAUGAAGCCAAAGAAGACAAUCAUCAAAGAGCCAGCAGUGAUAGUUUCCCCACGAUUGAAAAUCUCGGGAAGAAGAAACAUUCUGGAAGUUCGGAAUUCGCAUGGAAGCGAUUUCAUGGAGAAAUAUGACUGGAAGAAUGUGAAGAGCGUGAUCUGGUUGUGGAGAGUCACAAAGGACAAGAAGGUCAACCAAAGGAUCUAUGAGAUGAUCGAGAAGUUGGACAAAGAAGGCCCAGAAGUCACGAUGAUGCCAUGUAAGCUGGAAUGUGACAUGAAAGAAGUUGAUGAGGUGACAGAUGAGUGGAGGAAGAAGCUGAAGACGUUGAACAACGUGAAGCUGAUCGAUCCAAAGAAGGAAGUCGGAAAGCGGAAGAUGCCGCUCAUUGGGGCAUCAUCGGAUGCGUACGAGUCGAAAGAAUCGCUGGUUCGAUAUCUGGAGCAGGCUGUAGAGGAUAAUCCGUGUGUGAAACGACUGAAGGCGAUGUCGGAGGAGAAGGUGGAGCCACAGAGCAAGCAGACCAAAUUUCUGGGAAUCUCUCGCUUCUCAAUCUCUCAGUCCAGUAGAGAAGCCCAUGUCGGAUUCGCAAAGGGUUGGAGACGGGCAGUUGGUGCAAGUGAGGCCUUGUUCGUACAUGACUUCUCCGAUAACGUUUCCUCUGGAUAA